AUGAGCGACAUCUCACAGUAUCCAGUUAGUAUAGAAACUGCUUCUAUAAUUGAUCAAGGAUCAGCUAAUGUCGUUAGAACACUUCCUAGAACAACACAAGGGACAGAGGACGCUACCCCCAAAACAAACUACAAAGACAAACUAUGGACAGAAAUAGAUGUACUAGAUGAUGUUAAGCGCAUGGCGCAAGAUAAUACAUUAUAUAAAGGCUUGCCAGAUCAUUUUGAAGCCAAAUUAGGUGAAUUACGGAAAGCUCAUGCCGUGCUCCUCAAUGCCAUCAAAGACUCAUUUGUUGAUGAUUUGAAGACUCAGCAAGAGAAGAUUAUGUUCGCUAUGGAUAAGAUACAGAGCAUUUCACACAACUAG